AUGGGCGGCUGGGCUGUAUACUGUGCGAUAUGCGGUGGUCCAUUCUCCAGUCAGGUGGAGAUGGACCCUGAAGGGACCGACGAGCGCUGCUAUCGCUACGAUGUCCUGAAGAACUGCGAUCUGGAAUGGCUAGACGAACUCUGUGCUUUGGGUAUGAAUCCUGACGCGACUGGAGAUGAUAAGGCUCUUGAAAUCGCAGUACACGAUAUAUUCAAAGUUAUUAACCAUGUGCUAGGGGGAAUUGAGGUUGCGAGGGGUGAUGAUCCCAACGUUCCCUUCGAUCAAACUGCUGAUAAUAUUCCUAUGAUCGCAUAUUAUGAUUAUGGGGGGGGCACAGAGGGGGACACGGCCCAGCCUCUUGUAUUCCCUUUCCAUGAAAUUUGCUACCAUGAUAUCCUCCAGAGAUGUUUGAAACAAGAAUAUUCAGGGCAGAUUCGAGGAGAUGUCUUGUUCAAUGUUUUUGAAAGUCUGAAUGGGGGUCGAUACGUUAGGUUGCAACUUGAUUAUGGUGAACCUGAGCCCCCAGCGGAACAGUUUUGGUAUCAUCAGCCAGGCCACGAACUCCUGGUGGUCAAUCCGGUCCAAAUUGCUCAGAUCGAUGCCGAUAUUGAGCGUAUCAAGCGGUCCCUUUGCCAGAAGGCCAGUCCAAAUCAGAACCCUGGAAAAUGGGAUAUCUUCGACAAGCUUCCGCAUGAGCUACGGCACGAAAUCUUCAAGCUCCUUCCUGCUGGUUCCAUUCUGGCCCUGAAGGCAGCGUCAUGGACGAUGCAUGUCACUACUUUACCACGCGGCUUUUGGAGGGAUACGUUGAGAGCAGAGAUCCCGUGGCUCUGGGAGAUUCAUGAUGUCGAUGUUUUUCAAUCCCAAGAAUCAGAGGAUAAGGCUUCCAAACUACUCUUGGAUAUUGAGAAGAAAAGUCGGUACACAGCCGAGAAUGAUGAUUAUGUGCUGGGACUCGCCAACCGGAGAAGAAUAUGGGGAGUUUGCGAGCAGAUUAGAACCCGUUACUUGGAUGGCCUUGCAUAA